UGGUUUGUUGCGUCGUUCCCCGUGCGGUCACACUGUCCUCAAAAACUACGGUCGUGCGUCAACGUUAGCGAAAAAUGCAAAAUUAAAUAUGUUGUGAGUAGCGAGCGAUGCCAAAUCGAAUAUGUUUUCCACUGCAUACAGAAAAAUAAACAAAUACAAGAAGCAUAAAGUAUGCAGAAAAUUAAAUACAAAAGGAGCCACUAAGUGUUUCGUGUGAAAUCAAUUUGAGAGCGUUCGUCGUCUUCGUACAUACUUUUCCGUUUCAAUUACACUACAAUGAAUAUUUGUUGAAACUUUGUUGCAUUUACAGACUGGUGUUUAAAAACAACAACAAGAAGAAACGACAAAAAAUAACAACAGCAGCCCUCACACACACGGAAAAAAAGAAAGAUAAAAAUAUCCACAUAUAUAAAUAGUAUCAUAUUUACAUUAAAAAUAAAGCCGAACAGACGUAAACGUAACUUUUAUAUUACAAAGCACCAGUAAAAAUAAUUAACCAACUACACACGUUCCUUAAAAACAAACGUUUUCCAAACCGCAAACCAACUAAAAACGAAAUGCUUUUGAAAUUAGUUUAAGCUAACUAAUAUUAAAACGCAAAACCAACAAACAAACCGCAAAUAUAAUCCGCGUGAUUAAAUUUUACAAAAGAAAAUAAAACAGACCGAAAAUCGGCAGGGAACCAAAAACAAGCGAUAAACCCGGAAGAACUACGAUCGGCGUAUAAAAUUACAUAUUUUUUGUAUAAAAUAGUGCUAGCAAAAACCAAACGAGAGAAUAACUGGAACAUCUUUUUGGAGAAUCUCGUCUGAAUACGUUUAAUCUUGUCUCCGUUAAAUCAAUAAAUGUUCUUGGAUCGUUCGAUGUGUUCUUCGUUCAUUUGUAUCCAUCGCUCUCAGCCUCCGAGUCACCGAUAUCUGGUCAAGGACUUAGCGUAGUCUUCUGUAACUAGCAAUAGCAAUAGCCAAAGAGCCUGGAUCCUGGAAGCUGGAGGAGAUCUGGAGAGCGAGCAACGCCGAAGUACAAAUGCAUCAAUCGAAACUGAAUCUGUAACUUGGAACGGACACGUUGAAUUCAGCGCCCGUCACACAACCAAUUAGAUAGGUGACAGAAAGUCAGAGAAGGGAGUCCAGGAGACCAUCCCAUCAUCCUUACAGCAUACAUUUUCUAAACGGAACGGCGGGUCGAGCGUAGUGGCAGCAGCACGCGAAAGCGUCCAUAAAUCUAGUUAGCAUGGAGUGCUGUUUAUCGGAGGAGGCCAAGGAACAAAAGCGCAUCAAUCAGGAAAUCGAGAAGCAGUUGCGCCGAGACAAGAGAGAUGCGCGCCGUGAGCUUAAACUGUUGCUGUUGGGCACGGGCGAGUCCGGCAAGUCAACUUUCAUCAAACAGAUGCGUAUUAUCCACGGCAGUGGCUACUCGGACGAGGACAAGCGUGGAUACAUCAAACUGGUAUUCCAGAACAUAUUCAUGGCCAUGCAGUCAAUGAUCAAGGCCAUGGACAUGCUAAAGAUUUCCUAUGGCCAGGGAGAGCAUAGCGAACUGGCCGACCUGGUGAUGAGCAUCGAUUACGAGACCGUUACCACGUUUGAGGAUCCAUACUUGAAUGCCAUCAAAACGCUUUGGGACGAUGCUGGCAUUCAGGAGUGCUACGAUCGCCGUAGGGAAUAUCAGCUGACUGAUUCAGCCAAAUACUACUUGAGCGACUUAGCUCGAAUUGAGCAAGCUGAUUAUUUGCCAACCGAGCAGGAUAUUCUGCGUGCUCGAGUGCCGACAACAGGCAUUCUUGAGUAUCCAUUCGAUUUGGAUGGUAUUGUGUUUAGAAUGGUGGACGUCGGAGGUCAGCGGUCUGAGAGAAGAAAGUGGAUUCAUUGUUUUGAAAAUGUGACAUCAAUUAUAUUUUUGGUAGCGCUAUCAGAAUACGAUCAAAUCUUGUUUGAAUCUGAUAAUGAGAAUCGAAUGGAGGAAUCUAAAGCUUUAUUUCGUACUAUAAUUACAUACCCAUGGUUCCAAAAUUCGUCAGUUAUUCUUUUCCUGAACAAAAAGGACUUGUUGGAGGAGAAAAUAAUGUAUUCGCAUUUGGUAGACUAUUUUCCUGAAUACGAUGGUCCACAGCGAGAUGCAAUAGCGGCCCGAGAAUUCAUACUGCGAAUGUUCGUAGAUUUAAAUCCAGAUUCCGAAAAAAUUAUCUAUUCUCAUUUCACCUGUGCUACAGAUACGGAAAAUAUAAGGUUUGUGUUUGCAGCUGUUAAGGACACAAUUCUGCAAUCGAACCUUAAGGAAUAUAAUUUGGUCUAAACUGGAUUUGGAUCGAAAAACUAUUUUUGUGAUUUUUAUACAAACACACAUACACAUUCAUAUAAUUCCUUUUUCGCAUAUUUACUAAAUAUAAAAGAAGAAUUGAGCAGCAAGCGAAUGUGGCCGAAAAUUAGGCAUUAAUUAGACCCGAGAAUGUUUCUUACGUUUGUAACAUCAGGAACCGAAAAUUGUAGAAUAAAUAGAAUACUAAACUGAGGUGGUAAACCAGCAUCAACAGAAAAAUGGAAAUGAUGUAUACAUUUUAAUUUGAGAGAAUAAUAACACAAAAUCUGAUACAAGUACUAAUACAGGGUGACAACCAAUAACCAGGACAAAGUUUUUCGCUUUACAGUGCGUAUAUAUAAAAUCAUAGAAAAAUAAUUUAUAUUGGAAUAUUAUCAUUUUUAUGGAACAAAUUCUGUGUGAUUUUAGAACUGUUUCGGAAGGGAAAACUGCUAAAAGUCAAAAAGACAGUAAUCAGAAAUGAUUGAGACCCAAUGGAACAGGUUUCUGGUUAGAUUCAAAUAAAUCACUAGUUAUUUCGGAUUUAAAUCUGAAGGACUGUAAAGAGAGUUUAACCUUUCCACUUAAACGCAGUUCCUUCAAGAGAGUUGAUACAAAAUAUACGUCCGAGUUAUUUGUUGUCACCCCGUAAUAUUUAAAUAAAUUUAUUACUAUAGUAACUUUUGUAAUAAAAACCGAAACAAAAAUAUGAAAGUAAAUUUAAUCAAAAGCUUGAUAGGGACAACAAACUGAAACAAUUUUGUCGUACUGAAGCAUAAUAAAGCAACAUUUUACUAAAAUAACUACAGAAGAAAAACAAAAUUUUGCGUAAAGAAUCCCCCGGAAUAUAUAUAUUCAAAGAAUUAUAUAUGCUAGAAGUCUCUUAUUAGAAUUUCAGGGCAUAUAAGGCGUGUAAAAAUAAUAAACCGAAAACGAUAAGCUGAUAAAAUGAAUGAAAACGAAAUCACAGAUAAUACUGUAUUUUUUAUUAAGCUAAACCGUAAAUAUUGAUACUAUUGUUUACCGGAAUAUUUAACUAUACAUGCAAACAGAUAAUAUAAUAAUUCAUAAACGCAUAUGUAACAAUUAAUAAAUUGAUUAAUUUGUAUUGCGGGAGCCCCAUUCAUUGUAAAUUACGAUUCGUAUUAAUAACAUGAAAACAAAAAGAGAAUCACGCAAACCAAGAGAAACUUAAGAGAAGAAUCUGUAAGAGAAACGCCAUUUACAUGGAGCAUCCACGUGUUUGUAAAAAUGUCGAUAACCACCCAUGCAAAAACAGCAGAAUCCAUGCAACUUAUUGAUAUUUAAUCAGACAUCAGGUCAAAUUCAAUCAAAUGCGAUAUACCACUGGUCGAGAAACAUAACUAUCAGAAGGGAAAGUUUUGCUCUCACGUACUUUUGUUGCCAUCAAAAUUUCAGUCGAAACAAAUUGUUAUCAAAUGUAGCUUGAUUUUCGUACUUUUUAAAUUAACUUUGUUAGUUGUUUGCUUAUUUUAUAGAUCUUAAUGUAUGCAACAAUGGACACACUUUGCGGCUUUUCAAUCGAUCGAGCCUGCCAAGUGCGUCCAGUGUUUUGUUUUUGUUUUUAUAAUUUUAGUUUAAUUUAAUAUACAAGGAAACUAAAUGAGACGCACAUAAAUAGAAAAAAACCCAUCAACAACAAAUUAUUUAUGUAAAAAUCCAAAUAAAAACAAUUCUACUCUACGCAUAUGUGGAAAAAAAUAUAAAAUGAAAAAAAAAUGAAACGUACAUAUAUGUAAAAUAAAUAUGAAGCAAAAUGUUUUUCAUAAUUUAUUACACUUAUUUUGUUCAACCGAGACUCCCUUAACUCGUCAGUUGGAGUUUAUUUUAGUCGGGGCCACAGAAGCACACUUUGGCAAGACUCUUACCAAAAUACACGACCCAUGGGAGUGGAGAAUUGAGAAUCCUAUAACCGCGCAUAACCAAAAACAAAAAAAAACCAAUACGCAUCUUAGUUUAAGUACGAUUCAACAGUGUGUUGUAUAAAGCUUUAAUCCUCGUAACCACAUCUAGUAAAAACAAAGUAAUUAAACCAUUUUUAUGAUUAACCAAUGGAUUAGCUUUUAAAAAGCUUCAAUAAGUCAAUGUGUAUUUUAAAAGAUGUAGCAAAGCCUAGAGAGCCAAUGAGUUUCGGGACCCGAUCGGAAUGGAUAUGGAAACGGUUUAAGUUCUUGAUGCGAAUAUCGAUUCACAGCCCUUUUGGCUGGGCAUCCAAUUUGGUAGCUCCGAUUUCGGCUUAACCCGUUUUGUAUAUCCAUGGCAUUAUAGACAUUCACACACUGACAUAUAUAUAGUUUUCCGUCCAAUGAAUUGCAUCAGCAGCGAGCAGACAAAGUCUCCCAUUUAUUUUGAUCUUGUUUCCGGUUUUGUUCUUGCGGAAAUUCCAUUUUAAAAUACAAACAUGUUUCGGCGGUUUCAAUGUUAUAUUUUCCGUUUCUGCAGCCACAUACACACACUUAAAAUAUGUCAAAUUUUAUUUUUAGCAUUUUGUGCCUUUCCACUAUCAAGAAUCACAUAAAAUAUGUAUGACAGGCUCCAGUUGGACGCUUUAAUAUGAAGUAAUUUGAAACUUGUUUUAACGCAGAUCCACAGGGAAACAAAUUUACCCAUAACCGAACCCUGUGGAUAACCAUAAAAAAUUAAUUAUCAGCAUGUGUGUAUUGCCAGUUUGUUAUGUUUUGGGUUGAAAGAUUGGUUCCUCAUUUUUAUAAUAUGCACCUAUAGUCAGACAGUUGUAUGUAAAUAUUUGGCAAAUUACUCAGGGGGAAAUCGAAAACCUCCUGAGAUAUACCACAUAAUCGAGCAUAUGUAUGUAACUAUACAUUAAACUCAAUAAGAAACUAUAAUAAAAUGAGAAUUUGAUAAAAAUCA